AUGCAGCCAGAGGGGAAUCUAGUGUUGACCUGCUGGAAAGGGGAGAUGGGUCGGAUGGCAGUGGGUGGGUGAGUGGAUGGGCACAGCAGUACAGUUAUGCUGAUGAUUUAUUGGUCUUUGUCUGUGAGGCUGACAGUUUGUGCCAGCGGAAAAUGUCAGAACUCUUGGCCUUGGAGCGGUUGGGCAAAGGUGAGAGACAACAAUAGAUUGUUCCACGAGGUCACAUUUGUUAUACGAGACUAUUAUUCCAAACAGUUAAAUUCUUAGUAACCUUGUCUGUUAGGGAUCUGUUGCCCAUGACAACAGCAUGCUACCAGUCCUUGUUCCAAUACAGUCCUGGCACCUGUGCAAAUACUUACAUGCACAUGGACGGAUUCACCUACUGUAGUAUAAAUCGCUCACCCCCUAUAAAGAUAAUGUAAAUGUUUACAUACAAGGCUACAUAAUUACUCCUCUCUCUCUCGGCCAUCCACCCAAUACAAACAGGGGCGCUCUUCCAACAGAGACCAGAGACCACCUUUACCACCAAUGUAGAGAUUGAGGGGGAAGUGGAGUUCUCAUUCAUGAAAGGGUAAAGGGGGAAACCAACUCCAGUAUGUCAAAAGGUAGCUUUCCUUUGUUCUUUCUGUUCAAAUAUGUCAGGUUUGAAUCUAUUACACAAGCAGUUACCUUAACAUGUGCAAAGUAUUAACUGUGAAGUUAUGUGAUUAUCUGUGAAGGAAAAUAUGUUGCAUCAAGACUUCAUCAGAAUCACUCACUCACUGGAUGCAAUCCAACCAUCUCAACAACUAACUGACAUUACAACCAUUUUCUUGAUGUCCUUGUUUCUUGUCAAUGAAGUUAGUUGGAGAUGGGGUAGGCCUACCUUGCCAAAUCAUAUCUGACUGCAUGUAGAAUAAUUAUGAGAGACCUCACCUCGGUUCCCUUAAAUGGAGUUUGGCAGUAAAUCGUGUGCGUAAGCAGCAACAUUCUUCAGCAAAUGUUCAUCGAUUCCUCUACUCGACGCAAGGUCCUUCCAGCUGCGCACGCAGGGAGCCGCUCGCGCUCCUUUCACCAUAGAGUAUGAGCAUCCUCAUUAUCGGACAAGAUUUAAGAGCGCGUUCUAAAACUCGUUGGGAUGUUUUUAUUGCAUUUGGAUUCAUAUUAAUUUAAACGUAAUAAUGAAACAUUUUUAACCACAUCAAACCAACUAGCAGAUACACUUCUUCUACAGUCUUCAAGGUACUCUGAGGAAUUAUUUUAAGGUAAGGUGCGGUUAUAUUGGAACGUUAUGGAAACGUCCAACUUGGGCGUUAUUUGUGUUUCCUGUAUAGGAGCCUAUCAUCCAUAUGCAUUAAUAGGAGUGUUUGUGAUACCGUUAUAAACAUCUAUAUUAUUUGGUUAUGAUAUGUUGUUGUUUUAUUGUAAAAAUAUUCUGAAUAAUGCAUGUGGGCACUGAAUAAAAAUCAUGUUACUUGGGUCUGUUUUGAAAACUUGUGUGCCUGGGUUUUAGUCUUUAAAGAUGUCACUGAUGUUUGGGAAGGCAAGGAGCUGUAACUUCUCUGCUAUCCCUGAGGGGGGACAACCUGAGGUCAAUGUGGUCGUCCUCGGAGUGAUGGGCUCGGGAAAAUCAGGUGGCCCACCCGUUUUACGAUUUGAUUUGAUUUGAUGCCUUGAUUUGUCAUCCCUAGUAUUUGUAGUGGAUUAGAUCCCAGUUUUGUUGACAUGUUAUUCCAGUUUCGAUAGUCCCAGUUUUGAUAGUUUGUUAUUCAUGAAAACCAAUCUACUCCUAUCUGAUAUUUCAUGGGGGUGUUUAUAUAAAAACAGGGUUCCCAUGCCCCAUUUGGGACACUAGAUUGUACAGUGUGACAGACUGACAACAAAGAGCUGAAUCUAAACAGGAAGUGAAUGUUUCUCUUUUCUCUCUUCAGCAUUGACUGUCAAGUUUCUCACCAAGCGCUUCAUCAGUGAAUAUGACCCCAAUCUAGGUAAGCUUCCAUUUGUUACCUUCUGAAAUAAAAUGCAAUUGUCAAGAAAUAUCCCUGUUAAGUAAAUAAUGUAGGCUCUGUCCUAACACCCCCUCUAGUACCGUUUAGAAUCCCACAGUGCAUUGGGCCUUUUAUGGUAUGCUAAUAUGGACAUUGGAACACCUCUGUAAUAGUUUGUAUACACUAACUAUACAAGAAGUUGGCAGAUGCACUUUCAGAGAAAUGUACAAUAAACGUGUUCAUAUUGACACAUGAAUGACUGUAUUGUGAUGUUGGGUCCAUGUUGUGACCUCCAUGUUAUGUUCACUGCCAUCUAGAGGAUACUUACUCUUCUGAGGAGAUGGUGGACCAACAGCCUGUCGUUGUGAAAGUCAUGGACACAGCUGACCAGGUGGGACUAGUCUAUUUUGAAAGACUAUACUACUGUCAUUGUGCCUUUGAGGCACUGAACUGCUCCAGGGGCGCUCCUCUGCUGCUGACGCUGUGCUGCUCCGAGUACCAGCCUGUUGUGUGUUUCUGUGGGUGUUGUGUGCGGUUGGAUAUUGUGACAGAAGAAAAUAAGGUUUUCAGAUUUGUAUUGAGAGAGAGAGGAUGAUAGUGAGGAAAGAUAGAGGUUGCGUCAAAGGGCAGUAGGUCGGAUUCAAACCUGUAGACGUGUGUGCCGGAGGCUGGGGCAUUACCACCAGAAGAGCCAGGCCACGAUGACAGAAUUUCUGUUUAAAUGAAUCUAUGUGCAAAUGGAUACCAUUUGAAGAAGUAUUGAUUGAUUUAGAAUAGAAUAGGUCUUCUAAAGCCUUUGCUAACAUGCCACUAAUUGUUUUGAAGUGAUUACCUUUUCUCCUUGUCUACCUUCAGGAUGGUCCAGUGAACUGUGAGCGCUACCUCUCAUGGGCCAGUGCCUUCCUUGUGGUCUACAGCAUAGACAACAGACGGAGCUUCGAGGGCUGCCAACAGUACCUGGAGGCCGUCACCGUCCACACCAAGGCCCUGCAGCCCGAGACCCCCAUUAUACUGCUGGGCAACAAGCUGGACAUGGAGAGAUACAGGUGUGUAGGGAAUUGAGGGGGGGGUGGAUGGAAGUCCGAGUGGGACUCGAACCCGCAACUACUCGUCUGUUAGUGUAAUGCUUGAGGCAUUAUGCCAAGAGGUCCAAACAGCAUUUAAAAGAAAAAGUUUUACCCCUUUUUCUCCCCACUUUCAUGAUAUCCAAUUGGUAGUUACAGUCUUGUCCCAUCGCUGAAACUCCUGUACGGACUCGGGAGAGGCGAAGGUCGAGAGCCAUGCGUCCUCCGAAACACAACCCUGCCAAGCCACACUGCUUCUUGACACACAGCUCGCUUAACCCGGAAGCCAGCCGCACCAAUGUGUCGGAGGAAACACUGUACAACUGGCGACCGAUGUCAGCUUGCAGGCACCUGGCCCGCCACAAGGAGUCGCUAGAGUGCGAUGGGACAAGGAAAUCAUGGCCGGCCAUACCCUCCACUAACCCAGAUGACGCUGGGCCAAUUGUGCGCCGCCUCAUGGGUCUCCCGGUCACGGCCGGCUGUGACACAGCCUGCGAUCGAACCCGGGGCUGUAGUGACGCCUCAAGCACUGCGGUGCAGUGCCUUAGACCGCUGCGCCACUCGGGAGGCGGUCCAAACAUCUUAGCCAAAUACAUUUCAACUCCGUUUUUCACAAUUCCUGACAUUUAAUCCUAGUAAAUAUUCCCUGUUUUAGGUCAGUUAGGAUCACCACUUUAUUUUAAGAAUGUGAAAGGUCAGAAUAAUAGUAGAGAGAAUUAUUUAUUUCAGCUUUUAUUUAUUUUAUCACAUUCCCAGUGGGUCAGAAGUUUACAUACACACAAUUAGUAUUUGGUAGCAUUGCCUUUAAAUUGUUUAACUUGAGUCAAACGUUUCGGGUAGCCUUCCACAAGCUUCCCACAAUAAGUUGGGUGAAUUUUGGCCCAUUCCUCCUGAUAGAGCUGGUGUAACUGAGUCAGGUUUGUAGGCCUCCUUGCUCACACACGCUUUUUCAGUUCUGCCCACAAAUUUUCUAUAGGAUUGAGGUCAGGGCUUUGUGAUGGCCACUCCAAUACCUUGACUUUGUUGUCCUUAAGCCAUUUUGCCACAACUUUGGAAGUAUGCUUGGGGUCAUAGUCCAUUUGGAAGACCAAGCUUUAACUUCCUGACUGAUGUCUUGAGAUGUUGCUUUAAUAUAUCCACAUAAUUUUCCUUCCUCAUGAUGCCAUCUAUUUUGUGAAGUGCACCAGUCCCUCCUGCAGCAAAGCACCCCACAGCAUGAUGCUGCCACCCCUGUGCUUCACGGUUGGGACGGUGUUCUUUGGCUUGCAAUCCCCCCCUUUUCCUCCAAACAUAACAAUGGUCAUUAUGGCCAAACAGUUCUAUUUUUGUUUCAUCAGACCAGAGGACAUUUCUCCAAAAAGUACGAUCUUUUUCGCCAUGUGCAGUUGCAAACUGUAGUCUGGCUUUUUUAUGGCGGUUUUGGAGCAGUGGCUUCUUCCUUGCUGAGCGGCCUUUCAGGUUAUGUCGAUAAAGGACUCAUUUUACUGUGGAUAUAGAUACUUUUGUACCUUUUUCCUCCAGCGUCUUCACAAGGUCCUUUGUUGUUGUUCUGGGAUUGAUUUGCACUUUUCUCACCAAAGUAUGUUCAUCUCUAGGAGACAGAACGCGUCUCCUUCCUUAGCGGUAUGAUGGCUGCAUGGUCCCAUGGUGUUUAUACUUGCUUACUAUUGUUUGUACAGAUGAACAUGGUACCUUCAGGCGUUUGGAAAUUGCUCCCAAGGAUGAACCAGACUUGUGGAGGUCUACAAUUUCUUUUCUGAGGUCUUGGCUGAUUUCUUUUUAUUUUCCCAUGAUGUUAAGCAAAGAGGCAAUGAGUUUGAAGGUAGGCCUUGAAAUACAUCCACAUGUACACCUCCAAUUGACUCAAAUGAUGCAAUUAGCCUAUCAGAAGCUUCUAAAGCCAUGACAUCAUUUUCUGGAAUUUUCCAAGCUGUUUAAGGCACAGUCAAUUUAGUGUAUGUAAACUUCUGACAAUCUGGAAUUGUGAUACAGUGAAUUAUAAGUGAAAUAAUCUGUCUGUAAACAAUUGUUGGAAAAAUUACUUGUGUCAUGCACAAAGUAGGUGUCCUAACGGACUUGCCAAAACUAUAGUUUGUUAACAAGAAUUUUGUGGAGUGGUUGAAAAACAAGUUUUAAUGACUCCAACCUAAGUGGAUGUAAACUUCAGACUUCAACUGUAGCUACUAAGGAUGUGUACUGCAGCUGCAGGCACUCAGAGCUCACUACUGGCUCAUAUCAGCAUAGCAAGUAGCAGUGAUACAUACCACAGUAGAUAGAUAUGGAGAGAUACCGGUGUAGAAGUCUUGCAUGCCAAGAUGUCUGUUUAAGACUGUUAGAGACAUGGCUGGUGGACAUGGAAAGAGACAGGUGCAUUUAAUUAGAAAUAGGCUUACUGUACAUGCACGCUUCCCAAUAUAACCUGGUUCAUCCCCACCAAAGCGGACCUGCGAUUCAAACCCACACCACAACGACAUAACAUACUCCAAAAGCCAAGGCAUGUCUUGGUCCGUGCCGACAGUGCUUCAAGGAGGAGCGAUGCCAUCUGAAAAGUUCUGUUUUGGCCCAUAGCCUCUCAAGUAACACCAAAGCGUUUUGCAGCUGUAGGCCUACUUCUGGUACUCAUCUGAAAGCCUGAAAUGAAACAUCAUGUCAGUCCUACUCAAUGUUAAUGUACACCGCCACCACUGCUGCAUGUGUGGCAACCCAAGGCCUCUUAGCUGGUGUUUAUGGAAAGACUAAUGUGUAUUGAAGCACUUCCAGUAAAGUUGAUUCAUGGCAAGACUCCAACCACUUAUAUGUGUCUCCCAGUGUAAGACAUCGUCAUGUUGCUAUAUUUAACCAAAACAUAUCAUGUGCAUAAAUUUAUGAAGCAAUAAUGGCCAGCAGACUUAUAGCCACUCCAACACAUCUUAUUUUUUUCUUCUAAGUGUAAGACGUUGUCAUGUUGCUAGUAACAAAGUAUGAUGUGUAAUUACAUUUUUAGGGGAGACAACAUUUCUUUGGUUCCAUCAGAUGACAUCCUGACAACUGAUAGACAGAAAUGUUCUUGCAACAUUGCCCAUGAAAUGAACAUUAAUAUAUUAUUUUUAAUAUAUUGUUUACCCCCUUUUUCUCCCCAAUUUGAUCUGUCUUUUUUUUAUUUUUUAUUUACCUUUAUUUAAACAGGUAAGCCAGUUGGAACCGUUCAUUUACAAUGCGACCUGGCAAGAUAAAGCCAAGUAGUGCAUAAAAACAACAGAGGUUACAUAUGGGGUAAAAAAAAAAAAAAAAACAUAAAGUCGAAAAUACACAGAAAAUAUAUAGACAGUGUGUGCAAAUGUAGAAAUAUGGAGGUAUUAAGGCAAUAAUAGGCUAUAGUGCAGAAGAAUAAUAGUAUUUAACACGGGAAUGCUAGAGGUGCAAGAGAUAUGUGCAAAUAGAGAUACUGGGGUGCAAAAGAGCAAAUAAAUAACAUCGCUGCAAACUCCCCCAACAGGCUCAGGAGGUGAAGGUUUUGAGUCAUUGUGUCCCCCGAAACAUGACCCGCCAAACCGUGCUUCUUAACACCCGCCCACUUAACCUGGAAGCCAACCGCACCAAUGUGUCGGAGGAAACACUGUUCAACUGAUGACUGAGGGCAGCUUGCAGGCGCACGGCCCGCCACAAGGAGUCACUAGAGCGCAAUGAGCCAAGUAAAGCCCCCCAGCCAAACCCUUCCCUAACGAUGCUGGGCCAAUUGUGCACCACCCUAUGGGACUCCCGAUCACGGCCGGUUGUGACACAGCCAGGGAACGAACCCGGGUCUGUAGUGACACCUCUAGCACUGCGAUGCAGUACCUUAGACCGCUGCGCCACUCGGGAGGCCCGAAUAUUAAUAUAUUAUGUUCUGAGAAUAUGGCAACCAUGUUCUGUGUAUGUUUGGUGGGACGUUGAUGGAAUAUACUCUUAACGCUCAGAAAACUGGACACAUGAAUGUUCUUGCAACGUUCCCAUGAAACGUGUCUAGAACAUUCAUAUCUUAUGUUCUGAGAACAUGGCAACAAUGUUCUAUGUAUGUUUGGUGGGACAUUGAUGGAAUAUUCUCAGAACCGACAGAAAACUGGACACAUACAUGUAAAUGUUCUUGCAAUGUUCCCAUGAAACGUGUCUAGAAAAUGUAUAUCUUAAGUUCUGAGAACAUGGUCACCGAGUUCUGGGUAAGUUAUAUUUGAAUGGAAUGGUCUCUUGGAACAUUCCUCUGAAAACGUUAGUUCAUGACCUAAUGAGACUUUUAAGGGAACGCUCUCUAAAGUUGUGGGAAUGUUUGUUGUUAGCUAGGGAUGUAGGGUGUGUGAUUUACUAUUGAUAUGUGCAAAGUUGACACAUUAUAUUACUGACUAAAGUGGUCAGUGUGUUUUGGAGCUGUUUAAACUAAAGGGCUCUGUUUGUCUAGGGGGGGAGAGAGGGACGAGGGACGAGAGAGGGAGAGAAGAGCGGAGAGGAGAGAAGCGACGCGGGGAGAAAAAAUGAGAGGCGAAGAGAGGGAGCGAGAGAGAGAGAGAGACGAGCGAGGAGAGAGAGAGGAGCGCGAUGAGAAGCGAGAGAAGAGGGAGAGGGCGAAGAGAGAGAGGGAGAGAUACGUGAUGAGAGAGAGAAGAGGCGAGGAGAACGAAGAAAAAGAGAGAAAGAAGGAGAGAAAAAAGACGAGCGAGAGAGAGAGAAGCGAAGCAGAGAGAAAGAGGACAGCGAAGAGCGAAACGAGAAAGCGCGGCCACAAUCGAUAGCCCAGCAAGAAAAAGAGAUAGAGAGCGCGAAGCGAUCGGCGACACAUCUAAUGCGCGCUCCUAGAUCGAUCUCUCUCUCUCUCUCUCUCUCUCUUCUCUCUCUCUCAUCUCUCCUCCUCUUCUCUCUCUUCUCUCUCUCUCUCCUCUCUCUCUCCUCACUCCCCAUCACCCUGUCUCUCCCCCUCUGUCUUUCAGGCAUGUGAGUAAGAUGGACGGCUCGGCCCUUGCCUCUCGUUUCGGCUGCCUGUUCUUCGAGGUGUCUGCUUGCCUGGACUUUCUGUCUGUCCAGCGGGUCUUCCAUGAAGCCGUGAGGGAGGCCAGGCGAGCGGGUGACAAGAGGAGCCCCCCGUUACGCCCCCCUCUACAUCAGCGAGGACAACAAGCCAUUGGUCAGCCUCGCCACCGUGCCCCCAUUCACCACCCCCUGCUACAAGGAGCUCCCCGUGCCUGCCACUGCCAAGUUGGUGACAGUCAAGUCAUCACGGGCCCAGAGCAAACGGCGGGCACCCACGCUGACGCUGCUCAAGGGCUUCAAAAUCUUCUGA